AUGGCUCCUAUGGAAAAAGGUUUCUCGUGGUCCAACAUCGCCGUUGGUGCCACCAUGAACAUGUUCGAGGUGACCACCCUCGGUCAACCUCUGGAAGUACUCAAGACUCAGAUGGCAGCGAAUAGAUCACAGACUAUGGGUCAGGCUUUCGCAACUGUAUGGUCGAGAGGUGGGAUCAAAGGGUUUUAUCAGGGUUUGAUCCCUUGGGCCUGGAUCGAAGCGUCUACCAAAGGAGGAGUGUUGAUCUUCACUUCAGCGGAAAUUGAGAAAUACACAAUCAAAGCUUUCGGCGUGUCACCUGCUGCGGCGGGUAUGUUGGGUGGUAUUGGUGGUGGUGUCGCUCAGGCUUAUGCUACGAUGGGCUUCUGCACGUGUAUGAAGACCGUCGAGAUAACCCGACACAAGCAAGCCUCUGCUGGUGCUCCCGUCGAAUCGACUUUCAAAGUCUUCUUGGACAUUUACAAACGGGAAGGUAUAGCUGGUAUCAACAAGGGUGUUAACGCCGUUGCUUUACGUCAAGCCACCAAUUGGGGAUCAAGAUUCGGGUUCGCUCGUCUCGCCGAAGCUUCCCUUAGGAAUAUCAAGGGUAUAAAAGAAGGUGAAAAAUUGGGUGCUUUAGAUAAGAUCCUUGCGUCGACUGUUGGUGGUGCUUUGGCUACUUGGAAUCAACCAAUUGAAGUUGUAAGGGUUGAAAUGCAAUCCGCUCUAAAAUCCCAAGACCCGACUCGACCAGCUAAGAAGACAGUCCUCAACACCCUAUCUUACAUCUACAAGACUAACGGUAUCAAAGGUCUUUACAGAGGUGUAGCACCUAGAAUUGGUUUAGGCGCCUGGCAAACUAUCUGUAUGGUUAGUUUCGCAGAUUACGUCAAAGCUGCGUAA